GGACUGGUGCGAAGAGGACACCGGGCGUGUCCCGGCGGCGGGGCCUCGCCCCCCGCCCCGCCCGGCGCGGCCCGGCCCGGCCCGACCCGGCGCGGCCCGCGCGGCCCGGCCCGGCCCCUCUGAGGCGGAGAUGGUGCCGGGCGAGGCACCCCCGGCCGGUCCGGGGUCGCCGCGGGGCAGCGCCGAGGCCGUCGCCGCCAAGAAGCAGCGCGCCUUCGCCCGGAGGAAGGCCUUUUCUCAGUUCGUCAAAGCGAAGGAGGUUCCGGCCGCAGCCCGGUGUUCCGCCGGCGGAGAGGGCGUGCGGUGGCGGUGCUGCCGGCAGGCGUUCGAAGAGCUCUCCGGCAUUCACAGGCAUGUGGCCCUGCAGCACGCCGGGGACAUCGGGCAGCAGGCCGGGCUGGCGGCGAAGCAGGCAGCUGCUGAAGUGAGCUCCUCGAGCGGCCCGGCUCCUGCGGGCAGUGCAGACGGGCUACAUGGGUGCUCGCACGGCAGUCCUGAGAUCUCCUGCGUGCUCCCAGACACAAGCCAUGUUAGCUAUGAUGAUCUGACAAGCAAGGUGGGAGAAGUACUUCUGUAUUACUGUUACUGUGAGGUAAAGGAUCCAGAGAAACUCUGUGCUUGGCAAAAGGCUCUGUGCCAGCAUCUGCAUCUCACUGGCAAGGUACGAGUUGCUUCAGAAGGGAUUAAUGGCACAGUUGGUGGAAGCAAAGUAGCUGCCAAUCUCUACAUUCAAGUUAUGCUUUCCCAGCCGCUGUUCAAAGGCAUUUUGCGUCAAGAGGAUUUCAAGAGCAGUGCAGGAGGAGCUCACUGUUUCCCAGACCUUCGAGUUGGAGUAUUCAAAGAAAUUGUACCUAUGGGCAUUGAUCCAAAGAUAGUGUCUUAUAAAGAAACUGGAAUCCAUUUAUCCCCUCAGGAAUUUCAUAGAGAAGUAGAACAGUAUUUGUCUCAGGCCAAUCAAGGACAAAGCAAUACCAUCUUGCUGGACUGUAGGAACUUCUAUGAAAGUAAAAUAGGACAUUUCCAGGGCUGUCUGGCUCCAGAUAUCAGGAAGUUCAGCUAUUUUCCCAGCUACAUAGAUGAAAAUCUGGAGCUUUUUAAAGACAAGCGUGUCCUGAUGUACUGUACAGGAGGGAUUCGUUGUGAAAGAGGCUCUGCUUACCUACGGAGCAAGGCAGUGUGCAGAGAGGUUUACCAGCUAAAAGGUGGAAUUCACAAGUACCUGGAAGAGUUUCCAGAUGGAUUCUACAGGGGGAAGCUGUUUGUGUUUGAUGAUCGUUACGCCAUUUGUUCCAAUGAAGAUAUCAUCUCAGCAUGCAGAUACUGUGGGACACUGUGGGACCAGUAUAAACUUUGUUCCAGCCAGCAUUGCCGGCAGCUUGUCCUGACAUGUCCAAGUUGUUGCAACAAAGGUCUUACAGCUUGCUGUCCUGUUUGUCAAGAGAAAGAGCUCAAGGUGACUUCAAGGGCUUCAGGACAGACACUUAAGGAGGAAUGUGAAUGUACAAGGAGACGGCCAAGGGUACCUAUUGAACGUGUCUCGCAAAGGAUGCUGGAUGCAGGAAAAGAUUAAGCUGUUUCAUUAGCUAAUCUGACACGUGCUAAUGCAAAGGGCUUCUGCAACCAGAUCCCUAUCUGUUAUUCAGUUAGGUUUGGAAAUCAGGAAAACGUGUUGGCUUGGAAAGUCUUGUUCAUAUGCUGCCUUUAGGCCUAGAGUAUGCCCUGAAAACCAUCCAUUACUUGGCCGUAAAUUACCAGAGUGCCCAACCCAUCACCAGCACUACAGGAUUCCUCUCCGUGGGUACAGUCUUGUAGCGUGGCGUCUACCUUGGGGAUUUUGGAGCAGAGUAUGUGCGAUGGGACACAGCUGCUCACAAUUCAAAAGAGACUGAAGGGAUAUAAGAAAAAUUCAUUCUUUUCUUCUUGCAUGGAGAUGGAUCUGUCCAACCUCUCCAUGAUCAUGCGUUUGCUUCAAUAACUAGUGCUAGGGUGUGAAAAGAGCAGAUAUAUCAGUUGGGUGUGGGUAUGUGACUGGAUUAGAGUGGAAGGUAUUUUCCAUGUACAUGCCAUUUGCCUGCAUCUCUUGCUUUAUACCUACUGAGAAGGAGUAGUUACCUGAAGCCUGACUUGACUCUGGUGUAAAACUGGCUGAAGGCAGCGUAAGGACCCCUCUUGUAACAAGCAAAUGCCCACAGAUACUGUCUGCCCAGCAAUACUUGUUGUGUGUGACCUGUAGGAUGAACGGCAGAAGUAAUCCUCAUUCCAAUGCUCUGUCUCUGUGGGAACUGUUGUUUCCCUCAACUUGUCAGGACAGGAAAUAUCCAAGGCUCAGUUCUGCUUGCACUAGAAAAAAAAUUUCAGCUUGAAGCAUGAUGAAAUUGAGACGCACAGAGAGGGGAGCACAGAGACUGUCAAAAUAACAGCAUAAUGGCACUGGAAGUGAUAGUGAUGCUGACACGUGUGCAUAAAUGUCAACAACAUCUGUAAGGAGAUUGCAAGAUCCUUUAUCCACGAUUUGGGGAGCAUUUGUGCUUUGUAAACAUGGGUUGAGUUUUUCAAAAGCUGUGAGAUGUUGAUGCGAUUUCCAGCUCCUAUUAGUGGAGAAAUUGAAUUUGAAGGCUUCCACAGCAUGUGAGCUCAAAAUACUUUUCCGCUUGCUGCUUUGUGUGCCUGAUGCUGUAGAAUGUACAGAAAGGUUUUAUUAAUAGUGUAGAAGAUGUGUCUUGACGGAAAAAUGUCUUUGAAACUUACUAUCAUUCUUGGUACUGAAUAGUUAGUCAUUAAGAAAUCAAAAUAACUUCCUGGUUUGUUGGGGUUUUUUACUGGAAACUACUUUUAAAAGCAGGAAAACAGUUUACUCAGGUUUCUGCAGUUGCUUAGUGACAGUUAGGGCAAUGUUACUUUCAUAUAGAUUGUAACUUUCUCCCCCAGUGCUAUAAAUUCAGCAAGGCCUCAUUGUUGGCUUGACUAGCAACUUAACAACAUGGGCAUUUGUGCCAUUAAAGCCAUGGCAAGCAUUUCUUCUUACUUCCAGUAUUGCUACUGUGAAAUCAAUGGUUCAGCAACUGUCUUUAUGACCAUUCCUUUCAUGAAGCAAAACUUUGAAACUUAUGAAUGUCUCCUUUUGGAAUCUUUCUAGGAUGGUAUUUAAUAGUAAAUCUGUGCACAAUGCAUACUGGAGAAGAAAUUGCAAAAUUCCCUUCAGUGGACAUCUUCAGCAGAAAUCUAAGCAGUACCUAUGGUACUCUGGCAUUUUGCCUCCCAAGCUUUGCUGGCCAGUUAACCUCUGUGUUUUUGAGGACUGGAAUAUUUGUGGAAAAACAUGCAAGCUCUACUUGCAGGCCUGGUCUAGAGCACUGAUGGGAGUGUCCCAACUUGCAUAUUAUGCUAUUUUCUUCAUGUAUUAGGCUAAAAAGAAUACAAUUUUAUAAUUCAGUCUGUCAGCAAGUCUGGAACACUGUAAUCUGUUUGGAAAGCUGUUUCUAUAUCACUUAUCAGCAUAGAAUGGCAACAACUAUAUUUUAUAUAUAAACUUCUGACGCUCCUAUGAUGAUAAAUAACCCUUAGUGCUUCCACUGUAAUUUUUAAAAUACUGCACAAAUACACUUCACCUGUACAUUGGAGGUGCUUAAUUCUGCAGAGGUAAGUGCUGAAACCUAGCUAGCUGUCUGCCACGUGGUAGACCUGGCUACAAGGUACAAUUCUCCUGAGUGCUCCUGGCAGCUGGAGAUUCUACCUCAAAGGCAGAGGGGAGCCGUGUGGCCUCUUCUGGUCCUUCCUGCACUAGGGCAAGGGAGGAGAAGGAUUUGAGAUGUGCAGAUGAAGGCACAUAAAGCCAAGUUUCCUCUACUGCAGAGAGACAUCCUUAGCCUCCCUCUUGCAAGUUAGCCCAUGAGCAGCUUCUUUUCCUUGCUUCUGUAUCAGUUUUGUCAGGUUAAUGCAAAUAAGGACUUGCCGUGUGAAAUGCUGUGUGCUGGGAUCCAGGCACUUCGGUGGUAAUGGCUGAGAGAAGGCACGUUUAGCUCCAGGAGAAGUGAGAGUUAAGCAGGAUUGGCUGUGAAUGCCCGAUACUGCAAUCAGCAGAUGGCUUUUUCCCCUUUUCCUGGAGAGCUGCUGGGAUAAAUAGUGAUCCAUUUGCACCUAAAUAUUACUGUUUUGUUGCUUCAUCACUGCACAGCUUGAUGCCUUUCACCACAAAGCCUAAUGCUGCUCAGCACAGCCUGUCUUUGCUGCACAGCUCUCACGUGCAUCUUUCAGCAAAGCAGCUUGAUAAGGAUCAGCUGAGGAACCUGGAGUGAUCCUGCCAGUUUAAUACACGUUUGGGCUGCAUGGUUAAUUUGGAUGCUGCUACAGUGAAAUACAGGACAAAGUUCUUGCUGUUUUUUGGUUGUGGGGUUUUUUGGGGUUUUUUUAGGGCUAUUUCAUUCAGGAAAAAAUGCUGUUGUAGUAUCCAUGGUAGUGCUCCCCACUCUGCAGAUGCAUCUCCUUGCAUGUCCAGGUUUCUUAGCACCAUCAGGAUUUCCCAGGAUAAGCUCUAUUUAUGUUCUUCUGAAGCCAAUGGAAGAGCUGAGCCUGUACUAUGCAACUUUGAGUGGAUGGCUCAGCUGAAACUGUAUGGCUUUGGUUUGAUGAUUUAGUUGACUGUUUUGAAGUCUUUGCAGUGCAUAUGGAAGAAAGAGGCUGUCUGCUAGUUUCUUCUUGUUUUUCAAAAAUUUGCUUUUCAAGUAUUUUUCUUCUGUGUUCUUUGCAUUUUUACGGAACUUGCAGGGUGGGGGGAAGAAGCUAUAGUGAAGCAUUUUAUUUGACACCACUGGCACAUUUAUUAAGAUUUGAAGAGCAACAAAUAUGUUUCCCACAUUGCCGAAAGUAUAGUGUUUCUCUGCUUCACUGGUCAGAGCUAAAUCAUAUGUGGUAUUUGCACACAAGCUCUGAAGAAAUCUGUGAGACUUUUACUGGAACUCGUGUAAAAGGCUGCAAAACUUCCCUCUUAACAGGCAGAUUUCUAGCAAGUGAGAACAUUUGCUAGGAGAUGUUGCCAUCAGUCCAAAAAUAAGGCUUCAGUACGGCAAUGCUUCUGCCAGGAGACUCUUCCUGCUGAGCAGGAUCCCUCCCAGGUUAAUAGUGGGAGUUUUGGAUGGGAUAGUGCUGGGUCCAGUCCACUGCAUGUCUGGGAGCUAUGCAAACCUGCGGGGAAUUCCUCCCAGGCUAGAUGAUGGGUGGUAGGCUGUCUGACAAAAAGCUGUCAGACUGUAUGCAGUGUAACUUCAGGGUUGGGGGAUUUCACUUAACAGCUUUUCUAGGGCACAGCAUUUAUUGUUGCAUUUAUGCAGAUGGUAGGGACGGCAGCAGGAGAAACAAUCCCUAGCAGAAGAAAAUUUAAUUAAUGGACACGGUCAGCUAGACAGAACAGUGAAGAGAGAGAAUUUGACUUGUAUCCAGAUAUGCACUGGAAAUAUGCUUUUAACAUUAGGAAACUGAAGGGAGUGGGGAUUAGAAGAGAGGAUUCCAGUUUGCUCAUUAGUUUGGCUGUCUCUAUGGGGUUAAGAUUUGCAUCACAUAUCUAAGGGUGAUGGUUUUCUUCAGACAUGCAUAGGAUAGAAGGAUAUUAACCUAUCCUAAACAGCUCAAUUUUUGAGACUCUGUUUUAUAAUUGGUGGCCUUACGUUCCAUUUAAUCAGGGGGCGGAGUUCAAUUUUUUUUCUAAGAAACACAGGGAUGCAUUUGAAACAGCAUCUCCAACUGAUCGACUCAGCAAAUGGUAAAAAAUUGUAAUUCACAAUUCUUGAAAUUAGCCAUGUUUAGAAGUAGUAGAAGUGCUUGUUAAACUAGUUGCUUCUCUAUAGUUACUUGAGAUCAAUUUGAAAAAAAAAAUAAA